UGUAAAGAAGUUUGUAAGUUUACAAUAUGGAGGCUCACUGGACAUACUUGAAGAUACUAGUGAAGAUUUUAUAAGAUGCCUAAAAUCAAAACUGAUAGACACCAGCAAAUGAAAGCACUUUUGAAACUGUGGCUAUAGCGGAAGUAAACUUCUGAGGAAUUACAGUGUCCUACAAGGCAACUUCUACUUCUAUAAAAGGUUCAUAUUUCCUGUAUGUUGCUCACUGAUCUGACCACUUAAGUCGUUAAAUGGGUGGACUACAGAACAGAGAGAACACCAUUCAACAGAAAUGCAGUGGCUGGUGUGCCAACAGCGUGAUGCCUUCAACUUCCACUGAACACAGAAUCUGAGAUUGAUUAUUCCAAAAAAAAGUCUGCUUCGCAAGCAUUGGGAUCAACUUUGAAGGUCUUUGGAGGUUUUAAUUUUACUCUGCAGUAAACAUAAAGAAAACAGUGGAGGCUGAGUCAGUGAAUAUAUUCAAGAGUGAACUGGGCAUAUGUCAAACAAUAAAAAGUUACGACAGCUAGGGUCAGAAUAUACUCCGAUUACAAUACUGACCAUCUGAGAAAAAGCACUUCAAGAAAGAUGAACUUAUGGAAGCCACGAUGCAGAGAAAUCCCUCUAAAGACUGGAUCAAAAAGGAAACAAGAAUGAACAGCAGCCUUUGCAAUUCCUCCAAUGUGAACAUCACCCUCUCCAACAGAUCAUCACAAGACAAGUGUCCACGGGAUUACCAUGUCACCAGGGUGGUGUUUCCUACUCUUUACAGUAUCCUCUUCAUCAUCGCCAUCAUUCUCAAUAUUCUAGCAAUCAAAAUAUUUUCAAAAAUCCCCAGCAACUCGACUUUCACUGUGCUCCUGAAAAAUAUCGUCGCUGCCGAUUUGUCUAUGACCUCGGCACUCCCUUUUAAAAUACUCAGUGACACCCAACUGGCGCCCUGGCAGGUGAAGUGGUUUGUGUGCCGUUUCUCAGCAGUGGUUUUCUACUUCACCAUGUACAUCAGCAUUAUACUUCUGGGGUUGAUCAGCUUUGAUCGUUUCCUCAAAAUCACCAGACCCUAUGGCAAGUCAUGCCUACGAAAGCCUAGAUUCAGCAAAUUUCUCUCUGUGGCAGUUUGGGUCAUCAUGUUUCUUCUGUCUCUUCCCAACAUCGUUCUGACAAACAAACAAGCCACACCAGAAUCAGUGAUGAAAUGCAUGAAACUGAAGGGGCCAGCUGGGUUGAUGUGGCACACCAUAUUGAAUUAUAUCUGUCAGUUCAUCUUCUGGGCAGUGUGCAUACUGAUGGUUGUGCUUUACGCCGUAAUAUCUAAGAAGAUCUAUGAGUCUUACAAAAAGUCCAAAAGCAAAGGCAGUCAAGCUCAGAGAAAGACCAAGGCCAAAGUGUUUGUCAUUGUGUCAGUCUUCUUCAUCUGCUUUGUCCCGUUUCAUUCAGUGAGGGUGCCCUACACAAUCAGCCAAGUGGGCAAAGUGAGAGAAUGCUGGAAGCAGAACAUGCUGUAUUAUGUAAAGGAGACAACACUUUGGUUGUGUGCUUCAAACACCUGUUUGGAUCCACUUAUUUACAUCUUUUUGUGCAAGGCAUUCAGGCGGAGGUUAGGCAAACCUACCCGAGACGCAUCACACAGCUUGACAAGUUCAAGAAUCAUGCACGGUGUGACAAAUGACAAAGGCGUUCCAGAGAGUGCUUUAUAGAAUGGAUUUCUUAUCUUCCUAUAUGAAAUUAAGUAACUCAGUAUGUUGAAUACUUCAGAUUCAAUGGAUCUUAACUGUUGUA